CCCCGGGUGCGCCUGGCAAUAUCCGACGACAGGACGAUACCGCCGGGCAUAUGGAGCUGCCAGGCUGCCAUAGAUAAGCUCCUCCCGCCAUGCCCAUAUCCCUCUGCUCGCUGCCACCCCUCCGCCCACCCUCCAUCUUCUCCCCGCCAUGAGCGCGUCCAUCGAGAAGCAGGCCUCCGAGAGCGACCACGACCUCAAGAACAAGGACAUCGAGCACUACGUCGAGCCCGUCGGUGUCUCCGAUGCCGUGGUCCCACGGACAAAGUUCAGGAGCCUCUGGGCGAUCGUCGACAAGCUCGACGCGUAUGGUGUCGAGGCGCAGGGUAUUGAGCGGGUCCCGCCAGAUGCGCGGCCGCAGAAGUCCCCCCUUGCGCCUUUCUGGCUAUGGCUCGCCGCGAACAUGACCACGUCGACAUUCUCUUUGGGAACGCUCGCCAGCUCCAUCUUCUACUUGGGCCUGCGUGAAGCCUGCCUGGUCAUCCUGUUCUUCAACCUGCUCUGUACUAUCCCUGUUGCAUAUUUCUCAACAUGGGGUCCCAAGCUCGGUCUACGACAACUCACGAUCUCCAGGUUCUCCUUUGGGUACUUCACUUCGCUCGUUCCUAUCGUCCUGAACUGCAUCGCCUGCGUCGGUUGGUCAGUAGUAAACUCGAUUGUCGGCGCGCAGACGCUCCGUGCAGUCAGCGAUUCGCAUCAAAUCCCUACUGCCGCGGCAAUUAUUGUGAUAGCAAUUGGCACGAUUGCUGUUAGCUUCAUGGGAUACCGUGUCGUUCACUUAUAUGAGAUGUACUCCUGGAUCCCGGUUGCUAUCAUCUUCAUCAUCUACCUCGGUCAAAUCGCUCGGUUCGCGGACGCAGGUCCGUGGGGUGGCACCGGCGCCGUCGAGGCGGGUAACGUACUGUCCUUCGGCGCUGCAGUCGCUGGAUUCGCUCUUGGAUGGACGUCUAUUGCGGCGGACUACACCGUCCGCAUGCCGGAAGACAUGCCUGCUAUCAAGAUUUUCUUCUGGACGUAUCUCGGUCUCAACAUCCCUCUUAUCCUCGUCGAGUGCCUUGGUGCUGCUGCCAUGACGACACUAACGGCGAAGACGACUUGGGCUGACGCCUACGACGCUUCCUCCGUGGGUGGUCUACUCGGCGCGGGUCUGACGGGCCCCAUGGGUGGCUUCGGCCGGUUCCUGCUCGUCAUCCUCUCGCUCUCCAUCAUCGCAAACAACAUCCCGAACAUCUACUCGCUCGCGCUCACCUUCCAGAACAUUCAUCCGUAUGCGCAGGCGAUCCCGCGCGUGUUCAUCGUCAUCGUCGGCUCCGUUGUGUACAUCGUCCUCGCGAUCGUCGGCGCGAGCCACUUCGAGGAGUGGCUCGACACCCUGCUCACGAUCCUCAGCUACUGGCUCGCGAUCUUCGUGACCAUCCUCGUCGAGGAGCACCUCAUCUUCCGCCGCGGCCGCUGGGCGAACUACGACCCGGACCACUACAACAACUGGCGCAAGCUCCCGCUCGGCGUCGCGUCGUUCAUCGCGCUCGGCUGCGGUAUCGCGGGCGCCGUCCUCGGCAUGGCGCAGACGUGGUACGUCGGCCAGAUCGCGCGGCAUAUUGGUGACCCUAUCUAUGGCGGUGACAUCGGGUUCGAGCUGAGCUUCGCGUUCACGGCGGUGGUCUUCCCGCCACUGCGGUAUAUCGAGAAGAAGUACUGGGGUUAUUAAGAUGUGUGAAGAUGUGUGUACCGUGUUAAAUAGAGUAGAACUUGCCAGUGUAUGUAGAGUGUCUACUAAUGUAUGCAACGGCCGGGAUGAGCUCUGUAUGUCGUGCCCUAAUGGGCUUUUCUUGGUAGCAGUAGUAAUGUAAUUGCCGUCGAGCUCAAAUACGAUGCCAAGUUGAGACCUUGCUCACCCACUUGCUGCCAUUGAGACACCAUCAGAUGAUUGCAGUUUGUCUACAUGUUACUUAUACAACGACUGAGUGCAGUGAGUGAAAAUACAUGGAU